GCAACGAAUUUGCACAACGCCGUUUCAUUGUCGGCGAUUCCGGUAGUCUUUUGUUUCUUUUUAUCUCUCUUGAGGAACGUGUGUAUUCGCAUGCCUCCUCCACACGGAGCGAAGCGAGGCCGCAGCGGCGGUCCGCCGGGUAGGGGUCCCUCUGGUGGCGGCAACAGCAACUACCGCAGCAGCAGUGCGUCCUCUGGUCCCCGCUCGAGCUUCUCGCGCGGACGCGGUCGUGGUGGUGGCUUUGGUAGUCGCGGUGGGGUUGGUCACGGUGAUCACGACCGUCGCCAACGCGAUCGUGGCGCCUCCGCCUCCUCUUUUUCAGCCGUCAACCCGCGUAAGACAGGCGCGUUGCACCUUAAGAAGGAAAAAACGAAGUUCCACCAAAGCAAGUUUCGCGAACAGCGCAGCAGGCAGCAGCAGCAGCAGCAGCGCGAUUUCAAUGGUGCGUCACGCUCUUCUGCGGCAGGCGGUGGUGCACCCUCGCGUGCGCCGUCGUCGCACCGGACAGCGGAGGUGGACAUUCAUCUUGCUGCAAAGGUGGCUGCUGAUCUGCGAGAGAGUGUCACGCUUUUUAAAACGCGCCGCGCCAACCGCGAAGUCUUCGGCAAAGACCUCAACGAGCGUUUCUUCAAGUUUGUACCGCCGCAGCUCAUUCUUCAGCACAUGCCCGACGCCGUCGCCUCCUUCCGCACGUACCUGCCCAAGUUUGAGAAGGGGGCGCCAACGACGGUGAGCGCGUUCGCGUCGUGGUACGAGUGGGCAUCCUUCGAAGCAAACAAAGGUAAGAGCUUUGCCAAGCCGCAGGGCAAUGCAGGUCCCUACGGGAAAGACCCGGAGAAGCAGGACGAGGAGCCUGCGGAGACCAAAGACGGCGAGAAAGACGCCGGUGACGCCGCGACGGCGGACGGAAAGACGAAGAAGAUGAGUCAGACGCGUCAGGUCAUGUCGCAGACACUGCGGGAGCGAGAGCACAUGCGGGCUCUCCUUCACAUGUGUCUGCGCCACAACGCCGAGAAGCGCAAGCAGGGCCAGAACGCCUUCUUGAACCACUUCAACGCCAAGCUGAGCGAGGAGGACGUCGACACACGCAGUCUGGAGCGGCUGCGCGCCACGGCCCACCACUCCGUCGUCUACGCUCUCACCCGUCUCCUGCUCGGCAUGGUGACGGACGAUUUUGCGAUGCUAUGCCUGCACUGCCACACGCUGUAUCUAGUGCUCGCGCAGACCAGCAUAUCCCCGGCAGUGCUGCUGGAGCUAAUGGAUGAGGAGUUUGUGUUGAGCGUGCGGAUGAAGGCGGUGAAGCUGCGGCUGGAGGCCCGCGCUCGCCGCGGCGACGGUGGCAACAAAAACGGAGAGCGAGGAGCUGCUGAGGCGGCGGCUGACGACGACGACGACACCGGCAUCGACCCUGACGAUCUUAACGACCCCACCAAAGGGGAGCGAAAUCAGCGGCUGACGGCUACCGUCUUCGCCCUUGGUGCGGUGGUGGCGGCACGGAAGACGCUGCUGCCCGCCGAGGCUGCCCAGCUCGUCACCUGCCUCUCCUUCGCGUACGUGGAGCAGAAGGUGACGCGUGUGCUGUCCGCCAACGUGCUCUUCGAGGUAUUGGCGGAUCACAACGACCUCUAUCAGCAAGACGAGCCUCUUCAGUGGAUGGUUUUUGCCUUCUUUCACUACCCCAAGAUGGAGUACUACCGCCCAGAGGCCAUCCAGUUGCUGAUGCGGCUGAUCGAGGCAGACCCGCGGCCACCAGCCGGCGCGCUGCCCAGCACCGUCGAGCAGUACCUCACCCUCGAUCCGCUGAACCCCUCCACAAUGGAGCAGAUUGGCAACGCUCUCUUCCGCAAGGAGCAGGUCACUGCGAAUCACCCGAUGGUGCACCCUGUCUGGGAGGACAUCUUCGAGCUGGUCGUCCGCCGCUGCGCAAUGGGUGAGUCGAUGAAGGAGCACCUCAGCACGAUUCUGCACAACAUGAUCGUCCCCUAUCGCCGUGGCAGCGCUGACAUCCCGCGUCGCGCCCUCCUCCAAAACCUUGUCGCGAAGCUUGGCCAGAUUGCCGUGCAGUCCGACAGCGCAGAGCAGCGCAUAGAAGUGCUGAAGCUCGCCAGCACGCACGUUGGCUACGGCAAGCGCACGGCGGCCAAGCCGACGACGAUGCAGGAGCUGAAGCAGAUGCCCAUCUCUGGCCUCCACCACAAAGUGGACGAUCUGCUGCGGCAGUACGCCAUGAUCAUCGACCGCGACCCGGCCGCCACAACGAACCGCACGUGGGUGCUGCGGGAGCUGCGGAACUGCCUCUACGUCCCAGUGCGGGAGGGUGUCGAGCACGCCUACGUCGACGCGGCCGUGAUGCAGCUGCUGGAGUUCGGCUUCUACCCGCCGCACACCUCGAGGGACACUCUCAGCCAGAACCGGUGCAUUUACCUCUUCGCGGAUGUUUUCUCCUUCACCUUCACCGCCCCGCUGGCCCGUCCGAAGAGUUCAGUUGCAACCACCGCCGUCAUCAGCGCCUACCUGAAAGCGGAAGAGAAGUCGAAGACGCGCUACACGACGGCGGUGCAGCACAGCGCAUUUCGCAAGGCCCGCAACCGUGUCGUGGAGGCGCUCGAGGCGGCCACGGAGCAGCGCAGCGUCCUUUUCUAUGAGCGAGUCGACAUGGAGAUCUUCCUCGCACUCCUCUUCCUCGUGCUGAGCGUCGAUGACCCGACGAACAGCGACGCCGUACUCAUGGCAAAGAGCGUCAUUCCCGACAUCGCGCACUUUUACACGGUUGGCACGAUCGAAACGUUGGACCUGUUCCUCGAUGCCCUCAUGGCCCUCGUGAUGCGCGUCAGCGCCCCGCUGCACGUGAUGCCGCUCAUGUCGUGCAUCCGCCGUAUCGCGACCGGCUUUGUGCUCAAGUUCGCGAAGUUCAUCCGGGCACGCAGCUCGCUGGACAUCCUGCUGGCCCCGCUGCGCGACGCCUACCACACGGACAGCCGCGAGCAGGCCCGUCAGCGCAAUGCGAAGAAGGCGGCCGGCGCGGAGGGGGCCAACUCGAGCGACGACGAAGACGAGGAGGAGGGUGAAGGAGAAGAAGAGGAUGGUGAAGACGACGCCGCGGCGGCUGAGUUGGAGGAGGAGGCGGCGGAGGAGGCGUCCGCCGGAGGAAAGGAAAAUGAGGACGAUGAGGCCUCCGACGACAGCAACACCAGCAGUGACGCGGAGACGGAGAGCGACGACGCCACGGAUGCGGACACCGUGGCAGAGGAAGAGGAGGCCGCCGAAGGCGACGAAGCCGAUGAGACGGCCACCGACGCCGACAGCUCCGACGAUGAGGAGGGCGAAGAAGAUAUCGAGGACGUGUUCGAGGAAGAGGAGGCCCCGACCCAGCAGUACAUCGACGCCCUGAAGGGCAUGGUGGGCAACAUGGACCUCGAGCACAUGUACCCCACCGACACGGCCAACCAAGAAAAGGCGGAUGUGGUGCGUGCCAUUCGGCUGGUGACGCGCGUCGGACUCGCCCUGCGCAGCCCCAUCGUUGUGCACAUCUAUCAGGUGCUGCUCGCCGUCGCACGCGAAAACGUGAAGACGGCCGACGACGUCGUGUUUGGCGCCGCGAUCUCGGCAAUGGAGAUGCUGCUCAUGACGAAGAACCGCUACUUCGGCUCUUUUGUGCAAGCCGCGGACCUCUUCCAGCUCCUCGGUGACAUUCAGAGCUACCUGCGCAAGCUGAGCCGCGUGCUGGUGGACAAGGACAGCGUGAUGGCCAGGGCGGCGGCUGCCGCUCGGCGACGUCUGAGCACCGUGAAGGCGGUAGCCCUGCGCACCUUCCACUUUGUCGCGAUGCUCGCCUACAAGAAUCACGCCAGCGAGGAGGUGCGCAUCACGCUCAGCGAGUACUACAAGUCCGUCUUCUGCGACCGAGGCUGGGACACGAAGAAGCUGCUGCCCUCCCUCAAGAAGGACCUCUACCACUAUCGUCAGGGCUUUGCGUGGGUGCUCCUGCCGGCGGUGUUUGAGAAGUGCGAGGAGGUGGUGCCGGUGGAGGGACCGCAGCGGGUGCGCGUCUUCACGGCCUGCUGCACCUUUGUGGAGUCGAUGCUGUCGCGUCUGAGUGGGCUGCCGGUGGACCUGAAGCGCAGCGCGAGUGCUGCCAUCCGCCACUUCAUGCAGUCCUACACGGUGGCGCAGGUCUUCGCGAUGAAGCACACCCUCCCCUACAACUACCUGCACGCGAUGAAGAUGGUCCUGCAGUACAACAGCCGUGUGCAGCUGGACACCGCCUGGGUGGCCGCAGCGAUCGUCGCACCUGCCGUGGACGAUGAUGACCUCCUCCUCUCCGCCGCCUCCAUUCGGCUCCUCGGUACGAUGGAGCGCAUGUUGGGCCUCACCCCGCGCGCACGCGAGACGAAGGCCCCGUCGCCGGUGAAGGUGCUCUACCAGCAAUUCGCCAAGCAGGGUGCAAAGGAGAAGAGCGACUUCUACCGGCGCGCAAAGAAGGUGCGCAGCCGCAUCUUGAAGGCGCUGCUCGCCCACCGCAACGACGACCCAACUGACGAGGAGCGGUCCAGGAAGCGGCGACGCAAGGAGGAACUGAAGAUCGAGGACCGCCUACAGCGUCAGGUGCUGCGCAGCGCCCGCACCAAGGCGCUGACGAAAGAGGAGCGUGAGGAGAAGCGCAAGCACAUUAUGAUCGCGAAGCAAGAGCGCAUUGCCAAGAACCGCGAGCGCAAGCGCCGCCUGCACGAGGUACGUCAGCGCUCCUUUGAGAAGUGGCGCGAGAUGAAGCUGACGGCAGCGGCUCAAUUGGACGACGACGACGAAUAA